UUUGUCAUGUCCAUCAGCGUGACCGUGAGGAAGGUCUCCAACCUGCCGGGAGGAUCCCAACGCAGAGUGGAGCUCACCUUCAGAGGAUUCACCCAGAAGACCAGGGUGGUGCACGGCGAGGGCGCGGCGGUCUUCAACGAGUCCUUCCGCUGGCCUCACUACGGCAAAGUGAUCCGACAUGAAGUGUUGACCAUCGCCGUUUACAACUUCAGUAAAGUCUUCUCCAACAGACUCCUAGGUAAGCUGGUUGUGGGCCUCCAGCACAUCGUUACAUCGGGGAGGCUGUUGCUACGGGAACCACUCACCGACGGCAACCAUCUCCUGACUGACAUCUACGUGGAAUUGGACGUGCACUACCAUCCGGUGGAGGGCGCUGCAGGAGGGUGGGACGGGCAGGACUUCAUCAGAGUAGAGGACGACGGCGGUUUUGGAUUUGCGCUGUUCAGAUCAUCGCAGGGCUUGCAGAAUGAAGCCUUUGAAGAUGACGAGAGCCCUCAGACGCUGAGUCGGCCCGAGAGGCAACUGGAGAGGGAGGCUCGGUAUCUGGGACGCAGACUCGUCCAGGAGCAAGGCGACUACGGCGACGACUACGACGACGACGACCUGGACGACCUGCUGGACUUGGAGGCCUGCGACAUCGUCUUCACUCCUUUGAUGAGCCGUUCCAGACCACUGUCCCGGCAUGUUGCUGCAGCCACGCCUAAAGUUCAAAGUUUCCAGGUGAACGUCAACAUCCUGGAAGCUCAGAAACUGGUGGGCAUCAACAUCAACCCGGCAGUCUUCAUCCGAGUCGGAGAGCAGAAAAAACACACGGCCACUCAAAAGUCCACCAACUGUCCCUUUUACAACGAAAACUUCCAGUUUGAGUUCCAUGAGACUCCAGAGAUCCUCUUUGAUAAGGUCAUUGAGAUCAAGGUCUACCACCGUCGCACUCUGGCGUUCCUGAUGAGCCACGUGGGAACCUUCAAGAUUGACAUCGCCACUGUGUUCCGGGAGCCAGACCACCGCUUCUACCAGAAGUGGGCACCGCUCACCGACCCCGCCGACACCCGAUCGGGUGUCAAGGGCUACGUGAAAGCCAGCCUCAGCGUGCUGAUGAAGGGGGAAGCUCUGAACGCCCCCAGCCUGCCGCUCGCCACGCCCAACGCCAACGAUGACAUCGACAAGAAUUUGAUGCUGCCUCGCGGUAUGCCCUCUGAGCGUCCAUGGGCUCGAUUUCGGGUACGGGUCUACAGGGCAGAGGGCCUGCCUACUAUGGAUGCAGGAUUGAUGGCCAAAAUGUCCAAGGUCACAGAUCGAACGGUCUUCAUUGAUCCUUACGUCCAAGUCACAUUUGGUGGACAGAAGGGCGAGACAGCCGUUGCUUACGCCACCAGCUGCCCAGUGUGGAACGAGGAGAUUUCCUUCAUCGAGCAGUUUCCGCCCCUGGCCCAGCGAAUCAGAGUUCAGAUACUUGAUGACGCCAAGAUGGGGGAUAUCGCUCUUGCCACACACUUCCUUGACCUGCAGCAGAUUUCCGACCCCACCAGGAACGGUUUUAACCCAACCUUUGGACCCUGUUGGGUCAAUCUAUACGGUUCUCCUCGGAACUCCACCCUCGGAGACGUCCACCAGGCUUUGAACCAGGGACUGGGAGAGGGAAUCUUUUACCGUGGUCGAAUCCUUCUGGCACUCUGUGUGGAGAUUUACUCCUCGCCAUCAGUCAUCGCUGUGGAUUCCAACUCGUCCCAGUUACCGAUGGUGAAAGGAACGCUGGGGCGGUUCGGACUGAAGAAGAAGCGAGCCAGCAAGAAGGAGAAGAGGAUGGAAGCUUCCAGCCGACAGGGCGCCGAGUCCGAGGAGGCAGGGGUGGAGGUCCCAGAAGCAGUGACCGUGGACGUGGAGGAGAUUCACCCUCUGCCUGAGGGUUUCCUGGGUGAGAGAGAAGAUUUUCUGCUCUUCGCAUCUUUGUUUGAGGUCACCAUGAUGGAUUCAUCUGUAGGCACUGGGCCCUUGACCUUUGAACUGUCCAUAGGAAAUCGUGGUAAGGCAGUGAAAGCCGGGAGAUCCAAGAAGAGCCAAAGCCGGGAGGAGCUGAACCGGAGCCGGGUAGAGUUGAGGCAAAGCCGGGAGGAGCUGAACCGAAGCCGGGAAGAGCUGAGGCAAAGCCGGGAGGACCUCAGCAAUGAGGCGCAAGCACUUCUGGACUCGGAAGAGGACCUGGACAGGGAGGCGGUGCUGAGUCCGGAACCCGAGAACUGUUCCGUGUCCGCGCCCAUGCGACCGCAGCCCACCGAGUACGACAGGUCAUUCCAGUGCAUCCCGCUGCAGGCCCCCUCGGAGAAACUCAAGCCCUGUUUGUUUGUCUGGAGUCAAUUCGAAGACCACAGCUUUCGUCUGUACCAGGCCAACUGGCUGAGCAAGAUGGCAGACAGGCUGGAGAUCGGUCUGGACGAGGCGGAGCGUCUCGGGCGGAGGCCUCGGAGCAACGUGAAGGAGCGUCUGGUGCACGUGCUGCUGGAGCUGAUCUCUUCCUGCAAACAGUUCAGACUGUUCUCAGACAGGCGAGCUCAGUUUCGUCCCAACAACUUGGACGCCUGCAGGAAAGCCUUCAUUAAGAAAAAUUUGGUGAGGGUGGCCAGGCAGGCCGUGAGAGCCAGGCAGAGGAUAACCAGGCAGACGCUCAAACAGCGAAUGUCGGAUGUUAAGAAACUCCUGAGCAAACUUCGACACUUGGCCAAAGAGCCCCAGAACACCAUCCCGGACGCCUUCUUGUGGUUGCUGAGCGGAAGCAAACGAUUGGCCUACGUCAGGAUUCCCGCCCACUCCGUCAUCUUCUCGUUGGUGGAGGACCAGAGGGGGCGGGACUGCGGUCGCGUUACCACACUCUACAUGAAGUCUCCGGGCGGCUCCGCCAGCGAGAUCUUCGCCAAGCUGGAGGUGUACUUGUGGCUGGGUCAGGCCAAGUACAGCAAGGAGGCCGUCACCUCGCUACCGGACGAGUUCCUGCCCAUCUACGAUGAGUCGGAGGAGAACGAGACCCCGCCGGUCGUUACGGCAACGAGGAGGAUCCCCGUCAGCCUGUGUUGCCAGGACAGUCGUUACUUCCAGCUACGAUGUCACCUCUAUGAAGCUCGCGGCCUAAUGCCGGCCGAUGACAACGGCUUAUCGGAUCCCUUCGCCAAGGUGCUCUUCUCUACCCAGUGUCAGGUGACUAAGGUGUCCCCAGAGACGCUGUCCCCGGCGUGGUCCGAGUGUUUGCUGUUCGAGCGCGUCCUGCUGGAGGGAAGCAUGGAGGACCUCCGUCACGACCCCCCUCUGGUCAUCGUCCACAUCUUCGACUACGACGCCGUGGGUAGGCCGAAGCCUCUGGGCCGAGCGUACGCCGAACCCGAGUUGAAAGCGGCGGAGACGCCGUACCGGAAGCCCCGCCUGCGCUUCCACGACAUCAACGCGGGGAGGACGCCGGCCGGAGAGUUGCUGGCGGCUUUUGAGCUCAUCGAGCUGGACUACUCGUCCUUCGGCGAGCCCUCCCUCCCGAGCAGCGUAGACCCUCAGGAGCUGACCUACCUGCCGGACCAGCGCCGCUACGACAUCCCGGAGGGAGUCCGACCCGUCCUCAGGAACUUCAGAAUAGAGGUGCUGUUCUGGGGCUUGCGUGAGCUGAAGCGGGUGCAGCUGUUCCAGGUGGAGCGCCCCCUGGUGAAGGUGGAGUGCGCCGGACGCCAGCUGGAGUCCGAGGAGAUGGAGAGCUACAAGAGCCACGCCAACUUCAAGGAGUUGGUCCGCUUCCUCCACGUGAAGCUGCCGGAGCAGGCCUACCUCCACCCGCCUCUGACCCUCUUCGUGGUGGAGCGGCGAGCGUUCGGACACCAGGUCCUGGUCGGGACCCACGUGGUCCAGAACCUCAUGGACUACGCUGCGCCCGAGUCGGGGGACGAGCCAGAUGAGGAAGAGGAAGAGCCUAAACCCAGAGUGAAGAAGACGACCCCGACCGAGACCAGCACGCUGAAGUCACUGAGCAAGAUCAAACUCGGCAACCUGUCAGUCAGAGAGUCGAAGAUUCCCAACUGCGCCAUCAAGCUGAUCAACAAGCUGCAAAAGGACGAGGACGAGCAGCUGGAGGAGGACGUGCCGGAAGCGGAGGAGCUGGACUGGUGGUCCAAGUACUACGCGUCCCUGGAAGAGCUGGAGAAACAGGCUGCUGAGGAGGAGGAGGAAGAGGAGGAACAAGAUGGAGAGACAGGGAAUGCGCCAAACGUAGAAGAGGUUGAGGCGGACCCGGCGGUGGAGCAGAUGGAGCCUCACAAGCGAAAGAAGAUCGCCACUCUCAAGUUGUAUCCGAGCGACUUGGAGUCAGAGUUCCGGCAGUUCCAGGACUGGCUUCAGGUCUUCCCGCUGUACAAAGGCCGAGCGAUCGGCGAGGACGCCGACGAAGACGAAGACGAGCGUCUGAUGGGAAAGUACAAGGGUUCCUUCCUGGUCUACCCGAUCGAUUCAGAGGAGGACGAAGAUGACGUCAAGUGUCAGAUCUCCAAAGGGAUCCCCCAGAACUCAGCGCUCAAGGUGCUGGUUCGGGUCUACGUGGUCAAGGGCACCAAUCUGGCUCCCACGGACCCGAACGGCAAAGCCGACCCGUACCUGGUGGUCCGCGUUGGGCAGCAGAGUCAAGACACCAAGGACCGUUACAUCCCCAAACAACUCAAUCCCGUGUUUGGAGAGGUGUUCGAAGCGACGGUGUCGUUCCCCGGCGAGACGGAUGCGCUGGUCAGGGUGAUGGACCACGACAUGGUGGGCGCCGACGACGUCAUCGGCGAGACGCGGGUGGACCUGGAGAACCGCUUCUACAGCCGGCACCGCGCCACGUGCGGCCUGGCCCUCAGCUACGACGCCCAAGGUUACAACGCGUGGCGGGACGCAAAAAAGCCCUCGGUCAUCCUCUCCGAGCUCUGCAAGAAAAACGGCAUUCCGGCCCCGGAAUAUCGACCGUCGGAGGUCAAAGUCCUCAACAAGAUCUUCAAGAUCCCUUCCGAGGCCGUCCCGGAAGACGUGCUGAAGAAGACAGAGAGUUCGGCGGAGGCGGCGGCGGCGGCGGACGAGGAGCACGCGGCCCUCAGCGUUCUGCGACGUUGGGCCGAGAUGAGCGAGUUCCUCCCGGGAGCGGUCGCGCUGGUGCCGGAGCACGUGGAAAUCCGCUCGCUCGUCAACCAGGACAAACCCGGACUUCCGCAGGGCUUCCUCCACAUGUGGGUGGACAUGUUCCCGACGGACGUUCCGCCGCCGCCGCCCGUGGACAUCAAGCCUCGGCUGCCCGUAUCGUACGAGCUCCGCGUCAUCAUCUGGAACGCGGAAGACGUCUUCCUGGACGACGUCAACCCGUUCACCGGCGACCCGUCAUCCGACAUCUACGUGAAAGGUUGGAUUCGAGGCCUGGAGGGAGACAAGCAGGAGACGGACGUCCACUUCAAUUCCCUGACCGGAGAGGGAAACUUCAACUGGAGAUUCGUCUUCCGCUUUGACUACCUGCCCACCGAGAAAGAACUGGUGUGCAAGCGCAGGGAGUCGUUCUUCUCGCUGGAAGAGUCCGAGACCCGACAGCCGGCCGUUCUGGCGCUGCAGCUCUGGGACUACGAUCGCAUAUCGCAAAACGACUUCCUCGGCUCGCUGGAGCUGCGCCUCAGCGACAUGGUCCGCGGUGCCAAGUCGGCGGCCAAGUGCACGGCGCGGAUGGCCGAUCAGCGCGCCCGCCCGCGGGCGUCCAUCUUCCGCUCCAAGAAGAUGAAGGGCUGGUGGCCGCUCACCCGCCUGAAGACGGCCGACGACUGGGAGCGCGAGGAACGAGACGCCCGCCGCCGCCGGAAAAACAAAAAGACCAAAGACAAGCGAGCCCGCCUGAAGCAGGACGACGUCUGCUUCACCGACGCCGGCGGAAACGUCCACUUGCUCAUGGGUAAAGUGGAGGCGGAGCUGCAGCUGCUGACGUCGGACCAAGCCGAGGCCAACCCGGUGGGGCGUGGCCGCAAGGAGCCCGAACCUCUCGACAAGCCAAACCGUCCCACCACCAGCUUGACGUGGUUCGCCAACCCCAUGAAGACGUUGGUCUUCGUGGUGUGGAAGAAGUUCAAGAAGCUGCUGGUGACCGGCGCCGUCCUGGCCGUGCUGACGCUCUUCUUGGGCCUGCUGGUCUACACGCUGCCGCAGCACAUCAGCGGGCUGCUGGUGGCCGGGUGAGCGGCGCCGGCGGACCUCCUUCGUGGCCCGCCGGGGAAACGCAAACCUCGCUCCAAUGGACCCCCUCCCUGCACGUAGUUUUGGCGCAAGGGGGGUCCCUGACCCCAAAUCAAGCGAACGGUCCCAACGUGAGCACUCCGGGCAACCUUUUUCUACAAAUGUGAGCUCCAAAUAUUAAAUGUUCACGUUUAAGUCCAUCAAAUAUUUCUGAACUCGCAAUUCAAUAUUUUUUUCACUUUUCAAAGUUUUCAUCAUUUUUAAUGAAUUGUCAGGAUUUUAGCUUCUUUAAGGAGUUGAAGUGAGUCAAAUAAACAAUUUUCAUACCUUU